AGUAUGAGCAUGCGCACUGUGUGAAAAGAAGACGGCGAAGAUUCAAAGUUUUUGUUCAUUUUAUGCGCCUGAGGCCAACCAGUGCAGAGGAACAUGUUUGGCUUCCAUAAGUCAAAGAUCUACAGAAGUAACGACGGCUGUUGCAUCUGCAAGACCAAGUCCUCCAGCUCCCGCUUCACAGACAGCAGCAGAUACGAGGAGACGUUCAGGCUGUGCUUUGGGCUCUCUGAGGAUCGUGUUGGAGACAUUUGCAAUGCGUGCGUGUUGCUGGUGAAGAGGUGGAAGAAGCUGCCGCACGGCUCCAAGAAGAACUGGAAUCAUGUGGUGGAUGCCAGAGCCGGUCCGGGUUUUAAGGUGACGAAACCGAAGAAGAUCAAAAACGGUGACGGGAAGAGGAAAAGCAAACUAAAGAAGCUUCACAAGUUCAAAAGACAAACAGAUUCAGACGCUCACAGCACGACCUCCAGCACGUCUCCUGCUCAGUCUCCCAGUUACAGCAACCAGUCGGACGACGGCUCGGACGUCGAGUCCAAACAAAGACGCUCGGCGCCGUCCAUCUUCUCUUUCUUGGAUCGUUCCUACUGGAAAAGGCAAAAGGUUUGUUGUGGGAUAAUCUACAAAGGUCGGUUCGGAGAGGUGAUCAUUGAUCCUCGACUCUUCAAGCCCUGCUGCAGCUCCAAGAAGCAGAAGACUCUGACACCCACACAGGCGUCCGCGCCCCCCCAGCUGCCAGAGGACACAACCGCUGGUGAAUUGUUUUGUUGAAUUCCCUCCGUAGGGGCUUCCAUGGCACCCACCUGGAUUUGUCUCCAGUGGCAGACCUCAUUUCUGUUCUCCUUUUAGAUCAGCUCGUUUCUUUUCCUUUUUGAUGUGGGUAUUUUUAAACUUUUGUAUA